AUGGCCACACACUACUCCGCUGGCGCCUCAGCGGCCUCGGGUGUCCUGGCGGCUGAGCUACGCUGCGACAGACAAGCCGAGACGGGCAGAUCGGCAGAUCGGGACCUUCCGGUCACCACCAACAGGUCUGAGACUCGCCCCGAGCCGAAGGAGGAGGCUGAUUCGGAGUCCGAUUUGGAGCCAAAGGUCAUUUUUCGACGAAGGAACACCCAGACCCGGGUUGGUCCAGCUAGAGGUGGUGCAGAGUUUGGAUUCGGCUUCUCCAUCCGGGUUGCUGGGAGGGUUGCGCCGGUUGAGCUGUUUGCCCAGCUCAACGAGGCUCAUGCAGUGCUCAGCUCCGAAAAGCGCUGGGCCUACGACCGGCAGCUGCUUUCGGCAGAGAAGGUGGAGCCGGAGGAGGCCACGGCUGUGGGACCCAAACCCGAUUUGGCAGAUGCUGACUUCGACUUCACCGGUGAUGGGAGGCCCUUCCGCUCCUGUAAGGGUCGGGCGGCCCGUGUGGCCAAGUCCUGCGGCAGUCGAGAGAAGGCAGUCUCCGACUGCGGCAGUCGGAGGGGUGGGCCAAAGCCCUAUGGAGCUGGCCGAUUGCAAGGGGGCCUCUUGGAGCAGGGAUCGCCCCGCGUCGUACGUCAGGUGAUUCGCCAUGUGGGCCCCAUGACGCCCUUGGGCGGUCUCGGGGAGCUCGAGGCCGAGGGGGCACAGAGGAGCGGUGCUUCACGGACUGGGUGUGGACAUCCGAAAUGCUCAGCACAUCGCCUGAAAUACCCCGAGGCCGACCGCGCAACGAGCGAAGAGAUAUUCGGGCUGGCUUUCGUGAUUUCAUCGCCGGGGGCCCCUGGAAGAUGUGCGGUGGAGCAGGUCUCCAAGGUCCGCGAUGCCCUGCGCACGCAGACGGUGUGGUGGGGACCGGAAGGCGUGAUCUUGGCCCUAUUCGACGUCGACGGAACCUUGACGGAGGCCAGGAAGGUGGUCUCGCCUGAGACGGUGAGUUUCCUGCAGGCACUGCGGAAUAAGAUUUGCGUUGGCGUUGUUGGAGGCUCCGACCUGGUGAAGCAAAAGGAGCAGCUGGGCGACAGCCCAGCCUUGUUUGACUACGCCUUCUCAGAGAAUGGACUUCUUGCAUUCAAGGAUGGUCAGAAGAUCGGCGAGACUUCGAUCGUUCAACAUUUGGGAGAGGCGAACCUGAAAAAGGUCAUCAACUGGGCCUUGAGGUACAUCGCAGACUUAGACAUCCCAGUGAAGCGUGGCACGUUCGUGGAGUUCCGCCAGGGUAUGCUGAAUUUGUCUCCCAUCGGCCGGAACUGCAGCCGAGAAGAGCGAAAUGAGUUUGAGAAGUUUGAUUUGGCCAGCAACAUCCGAAAGACCAUGGUGGAGAAGAUGAAGGUGGAAUUUGCGGACCUGGGGUUGACCUUCUCCAUCGGUGGCCAGAUCUCCUUCGACGUCUUUCCCACCGGCUGGGACAAGACAUACUGCUUGCGGUAUCUGCCGGAGGCAGACUUCGAUGAAAUCCAUUUUUUCGGCGACAAGACCUUUGAAGGCGGCAAUGAUUUCGAGAUUUUUACACACCCACGAACCAUUGGCCACAGCAUCGAUGAUCAACAACCUUUGACAACUCUGAAAAAGCUCGAAGAGCUUUUUGGCGUCCCGGCGCCCAAGUCCUUGACUCCGCCCGGCGCGCACUGA